AGCGAACCCGAAUGGAAUGAGACCUUCGUCUUCACCAUCUCUGACGACACCUCGCAGCUCAUUGUCCAGAUCAUGGAUAGUUAUGCCCUCACGGAUGAUGAUUUUGUCGGUGAAGUGACGAUACCAUUGGAGCCCGUGCUCCAGGAAGGCAGCCUUCCUCCUGCCGUUCACCGGAUCGUCAAAGACGAGAAAUACUGCAGAGAGAUCGAGCUUGCGCUCACCUUCACUCCAGCAGUGGAAACUCGCCGUCCCGACAACGAGGAGGGGACUUACAGCAUCUGGGAUUGA